AUGCAAUUUGGACACAACAAGAGAACUUGCCAAAGAGGUCCAGUCAGGGGUGAAGCAUCUGCUGCUGGUAGGGGCAGUGGCAUAUGCAGUGGUAGAGGCAGUGGCAAAACUGAUGGCACAUCCAGUGGUAGAGGCAGUGCCAAAACUGCUGGUAGGGGCAGUGGCAGAUCUGUGAGUAGGGGCAGAGGUAGAGACAAUUCAAGUGGGAGAGGUAGUUCAGCUAAGAGGGGCAAUGCAAGUGGUAGAGGCAACUCAAGUGGGAGGGACAGUUCAGCUGGGAGGGGAAAUACAACUACAAGAGGAAGUUCAGCUGGGAAGGGAAGUUCAAGUGGGAGAGGCAAGGGCAAGGCCAACCAUGCACAAGAUAUUCCAAGAGGGACCCCCCCAAUGCCUGCUGAAUGUGUGACACAGGUCACACAACAUCAUAUGACUUAGCUAAGUUGUUGAUAUUUUGGGUACAAGGAUUAACAUAGGUUGAAGGUAUAAAAUAUAUAUUGCUUGACUGUAUAGUUAGUGAGGAUCAUGUUCCACUUUUUUGUAUUUUUGUAGUGGACAUGCAAUGCUAAGAAUAGCAAUAUGAUGAUGUGGCCAUUUUUGUUUUUUUGUAGUGGCCAUGAAGUAUUUUAUAACUGAUGAUGUAACUGAACAUAUCUGAUAGGAAUGAUGUAAGUAAACUACUUGAACAUAUUUUACAACAAUCAUGAUGUAAUUAAACAGGUGCAUAUUUAUGGAAUGGUUUUACUUGCUGUUUAGAUUA